CUCACUCAAAGUACAUUGCCUGUGCCGUCUUCCUCAACUCCGAGUCUUUUGAUUCAGAAAAGGGAAAGGGCACAAGUGUCAUUCUCAAAUGUGUCUUUAGGGUUUAAUUAUUCAUGGCAUCGAACCCCAAAAGAGACAUGAACAACACCAACGACUUUGUGUUUUGCCCUUAUAAUCACCACUCCUCACCGCAACGGUUGCCCACUUUCAGCCCCUCGCCUUCAUUCAACGACAUCUUCGACAGCGCAAAUCCUAUACCAUCCGAUGAUCAUCACGCUCGCCAUCGUCACCAUCAUCUCCAAGAUUCCUCACCCUCUUCACUGUUUAAAUUCGACCCAGAAAGCCUCUACGCCGUGUUCCUCCAGCCAAAAAAUGAUCAUCAUCAUUGCCAUCACCAACGCCAACCAUCUCUAGAUCUCCCCCCCUUGAACAACCCCGUCGAAGACCAAAGCGUUGAGGCCUCAGAAACAAUCACGCACAUGAAAGAUUCAAAGAAAAUACAGAGUUCUCGAGGCCCAGCUCAAGCUUCCAAGAAAAGAACAAGCAAAACAGACAGACACAGCAAGAUCUACACAGCAAAAGGGCCGAGAGACCGAAGGAUGAGGCUCUCGCUCGAGGUCGCAAGAGAGUUCUUUGGCUUACAAGACAUGCUCGGAUUCGACAAAGCGAGCAAAACUGUUGACUGGUUGCUCACACAGGCCAAACCCGAGAUCAAGAAGCUCGCGAGCAACUUGCAGCAGCGAGUUAACAGCGAGGAGUCGCAAACACGUUUUGCAAUUGCUGAAGGACGGGCUGAUCUUGGAGAAGUUGCAUCUGGUUGGAUCAGAGACGCAGGAAGCAAGAUUAACACGUGUAUGCGCACCGAAUCAUGGACGAACAACACAUCGCAUGUCCUAUGUGAAGUUGCAUCAGCUUCAACGAACAAAAUCGAUGGAAAAUCGGGGAAAGAGAAGAAGAAUAGAUCGCAAUCCAGAAACCCCAUCUUCAGGAAGCUCCCAAAGGACGCGAGAGCAAAGGCGAGGGAGCGAGCAAAGGAGAGAACGAAGGAGAAGAUGAUGAUGAGGCAAAUAACUUCUCCAGAAGAUGCGGUUUAUAUGAAGAACAGUGAAGUGAACGACCACUUGGGCACGAACUCGAACUGGAGUUCUUUCGAGACCGGGGAAGAUUUGGUCCGAGAGACAGAAGAACCGAGCCCUAACAAUCGGUUCGUUGCUUGUAAUAACAUUGGGAUAAUUCAAGAAGGUGACAUCGGACAAGAAUCUCUGGAUAUAAUCAACAAUUGGAGUCCUUUUCCCGUCUUUAAUUACCAUCAAAACCAAGGAUAACUUCUUCCAUGGAGCCUAGGAAUGCCUUCUACAACUCACAGAACAUGUCUUGAGGUUUGAUUAAUUUGCGACAUAUCUCAAAUUGUUAUUGUGGAUCGGUUAUUAAUUAAUCUUCCCUUUGGUUAUGGACUAUUCAUCUAAUUUUAUCAUCUGAUAUUAAUUUAGGGUUUUAUGUGUACGCAUAGAAAAUAAUCGGUGCAUACUGUAAGAUUUUUUC